CCGAGCUCCGCGCCAUGGCGGGCGGUGCGGCGCGGGUGCUGCUGGCCGCGCUGCUCGGGGCGCUCCCGGCCCAGGCCGAGCGGGAGCUGCGGUUCCGGCCGCCGGCCGAGGCCCCCGUGCGGCUCUUCACCGAGCCCGAGCUGGCCAGAUACGACGGGCAGCAGGAAGGGCAGCCCAUUUACCUGGCGGUGAAGGGAGUAGUGUUCGAUGUCACUUCUGGCAAAGAGUUUUAUGGGAAAGGAGCCCCCUACAAUGCUUUGGCUGGGAAAGACUCAACACGAGGAGUUGCAAAGAUGUCUUUGGAUCCAGCAGAUCUGACGCAUGACAUAACAGGACUCACAGAAGAGGAACUGAAGUCCCUGGAUGAUAUCUUCAAUAACGUUUAUAAGGCCAAAUAUCCAAUUGUUGGCUAUACUUCUCGACGAAUCCUGAAUGAGGAUGGCAGCCCCAAUCUAGCCUUCAAACCUGAAGAUCAGCCACAUUUCAACAUUAAAGAUGAGUUUUGAGUUCCUAAGGAAUAUUAGCUCAGUUCCCUGUUCUCCGAGGUUCAUUACAGCAAUUAGCUCUCAUGAGUCAAUUUUCUGUUCAGAAAAUGACGUAUGUGUGUACACACGUAGUUUAGAGGAAACAGAUCUGGAUCAGUGUCGUACACUUGGGCUCUUUGCUCUGGAUUACAGGAACUAUUUCAUAUGAGAGUUAUUUCUGCCUGGAUUUCUCUGUUUACAAGUGUGUAAUGUAAAAUUACAUUGUGUAGAAGAGAUGAGGAAGUGUUUAACAGUUGAAACAUGACUGGUCUUUAAAUCCCAAGUUGCUUCCCACUCCUUGGAAAAGUGUGAAUGCUUUAACACCUUGCCACAAUGCCUUGAGCUAACAGCACUUCUCUGUGCUUCAAGUGAGUGUAGGUAUCAGAUGUACAGACAGGUGUAAUAGAGGCUUACAUUUUAAAAAGCACUGUGGGACUUAACAUUUGAUAAUACUGAAUCUCACAUCAGAUUUGAGAAUACUCAAUCUGAACCACUCCAUUGCUUCAAAUGCAGUUACUGUAGAAUAUUUAGGCCUAGUCUACAGCUGUAAACCAAGGAAAAUCUUUUCCCCCCAUGAGAACUACUGUAAGAUUUUAAGACUAUUAUGUUAGUUUUGAAUAAACGACACAUUAUUUUUGUUGCAUGAUUAUUAAAGACCUACAUCUGUAUUAGAUUAUGAUGAUUUCCUUGUAGCUUCCUUCACUCUGACACGUAAAGGAAACUGUAGCCCACUGUUUUGCACAUACUUUUACAGCACAAGUUUAUAAUAGUGCUUUAGUAUCCUAGUGGGUAUUGUUAGCUUCUUUCUAUUGACAACUGCAGCUCUCAUUUUUCAUUUCUAUUAGUUUUUCUUUGUUUUUACUCUAGCCUCAUCCUUGCUGUUGCCAUGAAGUGUGCAUUCAUCUGUUCCUCUUGUUUUAACCUAGUACAAAGCUGCACAUCCUGAUGGAUGAAAGCAGCCCCCUUUACCAGGUUUCUUUGACAGGCUUUCAGCAACAAGAGAGCCCUAAAAGCAUGUGCUAUAUAAAUUGCUGCUAGUGACUGACUUUCACGAACUUAAGGAGAAUGUAAAUUGCUCCCAAUUCUGUAUUAAUAAUAUAGAUAAAAAUACAAUUCUGUAUUUUGUUCUAUUUCUUUAGCAUUUUGGCCAUUUCCUGUGAAGGAAAGGUUUUAUUAGCUCAUUCUCCACUUUAUGUUUGCAGGGGCCUGGCAGCUGAAUAACCAGAAAAGCUGUUUCUAUUUUAUUUGUCCUUUCUUUCACAAUGUUACAGCUUUCUAAACUUGGUUUACGCUAGAUCUCUUCAUUUGCUGGAGGGACUCCAUGGGCCCCCCUUGCUGUUGGAUGGUGCUCUGGGGUGGAAUAAAUAACAUCUAAAAA